AUGUCGGAAACUACACAGAACGAUGGGCCGCUUACAUCUGAGGAGGCGAAACUUCUUCAAGCCAGCUGGGAGAUCCUAGCCGAGGACAAGAAAACCAACGGCGUGAAACUUUUCAUCAAACUUUUCAGCAGAUAUCCUGAGAGCAAGGAAAUGUUCAAGAUGUUUCAUAAUGUACCUCUGGAAGAUUUGGAUUACAAUGGCGAAACAACCAAAGCAAACCGUCGGAUGGUGGCCCACGGUAUGAGUGUAAUGUACGCCCUAGAGUCUUACGUCGACAGUCUCGAUGAUUCGGACUGUCUUGUAGAACUGGUGAGGAAAACGGCACGCUUCCAUUUGGAUAGAAAUAUUGGGGCGAAACAGUUCAUGUGGUUGAUACCGGUAAUACAUGAACUCAUUGACGACGUCACGGAGGGGAGGGACAUUGCAGACAUCGACGCCAUCAAGAAAGCAUGGGAGAAAAUCCUGACAGUAGUAGCAGAACUGGUAGCGUCAGAGGCAUCGGAUCCACGAGUAUAA